UAAAGGUUUUGUCAUGUCAGUUAAAUGAGGUUAUAUCAGGAUAUUUCGCCUGUUUGAGAAAAAGGAAAUAAACAUUUCCAAGAGGCUGGAGUGAACCUGAAACGUUGUCACAGUUAUGGGGGCGUUAAUAUCUCGAUGGAAGACAAAACAAACCACAGUACAGGAGCUGGAGAACCUGGAGAAGGAGAUUAAGGAGUUGGAGGAGUUCAGAGGCAAAAAUCAGCGAUUACAAAAACUCUGGGUCGGUCGCUUAAUUCUUUACUCAUCUGUUCUUUACCUGUUCACUUCUUUCAUCGUUUACUGUCUCUACCUACCUGAUGAAUGGCUACAGAGACUAGCCAUGGCCCUGCCUUUCUUUAUAUACCCCAUACUUGUGUGGUUUAUCAGGAAGCUGCUGCUUUUCCUGUUUUCCAAACUUACUGAGAGAAACAAUGACAAACUUGAAGAUCUGAAAGCCGCCAGGAAAAAAAUUCUGGAGGAAGUGAUGGAAACAGAGACAUAUAAGAAUGCCAAACUCAUCCUCGAACGCUUUGAUCCUGAAGCUAAAAACAGACAUAGACUGGAGUCGACACCGGUGGGUCCUCAGCUGACUCCCAGACCCGGUCAAGCAGAAAUUCGUCAAAGGGGUGCAGGUAUGAGAGCGAUGUGCUCCCCGGAUAGCACAGGAAUGACUCUCUCACCAGGUACACGGCCUCAGAUGGGACCAGUGGCUCCAGGAGGACCUCCAGAGAAAUCCACCCCCAACACUUCUGUACUCCAGGGAGCUGUAGAGAGGACACCCUGCACCCCGAUUAGAGGUGUAGGCAUUUACUCCCCUGGUCCUUCAUUACCAAGACCUAUUCUGCCCAGAGAAAGAGGAACAGUUGACCGAGUCAUCGAGUAUCUGGUAGGAGACGGACCAGAGAAAAGAUAUGCCCUGAUCUGCCAGCAGUGUUUCUCUCAUAACGGCAUGGCUUUGAAAGAAGAAUUUGAAUAUCUCGCAUUCCGUUGCGCGUACUGCUACUUCCUGAACCCGGCCAGGAAGACUCGACCUCAGGCUCCCAGGCUCCCUGAGUUCAGCUAUGAAAGGAGGCUGAGAGCGGAUCCGUGCUCUCCUGGACCGUCGCUUUGCUUCGAGACGGACACGGAGGAGACUGCUGCCCCCAGUGGAGCUGAGGAAGACCUGGGUCAGCAUGACAGGGACUCUGAGGAAGAGGAGAAUGUACUGGAGGAGAAACAGCAGAAGGAGGAAGAGGAGGAGAAAAAGGAAGAUGAAGCAGUUAAAGAAGAAAAGGAACUGGACCAGAGCUAGAAUGAAGAACCUCCAGCAACAUAGAGAGUGCUGAGACCAACCAGAUGAAGAGCAACCAUGACAGAUGGCUCCAAAGGCAAAACAACGCUGACGAGCACGCUUUAUUCCAACAGGAUUGGCUAAAGUAACUGGUUUGGUGGUCAUAUGAUUUUAGGUUUAUUACAUGGGUGGAAAGUGAAGAUUCAGGCUGAUGAUUGAUCCUGUCAGUGAUGCUUUCUGGGAAAUCAAACCUCCAUCUUUCACGUAGGCUAUUUGAAGAGUUCCACAAUAAAAUUAUUUUAGGUUUAAAGUUGUAGAAUACUGAAGAGUUGAUGAUACAACUAAAUUCUGUCCCAUCAGUUUGAUCGAUCCACACAGGAUUUGAUCUCAAAACCUGCAGUUUAUUAUAACUCAUUUAGUCUAUUUAAUGAAACCUUUAGGUUUAGUGAACUGCAGUGACUCCAUGUGGAAAGUUAAGGCCAUUAUCAUUAAUACAUCCACUAUUUAGGAUUAUGUUUAAGACAAAUGUAUGCCUUUGAUUUAAUUCUGCUGAAAUAACUUAUUUUCUACAUUAUUUCAUAAUAAAAUGAGUAAUAGAAUAUAUAUAUUUUAAUGUUUCUCGAUUUGGUUUAGGAAGGAACUUUUAGGGUCCUCUUACUUCACCCUGAGGGUCAAAUUAAUUUUAUUUGAUUUUGUUUUCGAAUUGACCUGAACAUAAUUUGGCAUUUAUAGAUGUAUCUUGGAAAAUUAGAGCAUUGCCAGAAAACUGGACCUUCAUUUCAGAGACUUAAAUUCUUAUGGAUUCAUUAAACAUGGAGAGAAAUUUUUCAAUCCCUGCAAUAUUUUAUUACAGAUAAAAAAUUGCUUGAGUGCAGAGUCUGAGAGUUAGAAUAUUACAUAAGAUCAAUCAAAAAAAUAUUUACGCUUUUCAAUCAGGUCUUGACUUUGACUGGACCACAUUUCUUCUUUUCUGUUUCAUGCUGCUGUGUUUUGACCCAGUUCAGGCCCAGUUCAGACCGGCUGAGUCACGUCUGAGUCCAGAACCCUUUGAUAUAAAGAUGAGCUCCAAAAUGAGUCUAAUGCAGCUAUUUCCUUAAAUAUAUCAGCUGAUUUCUCUCCUUAUUGGUCUUGACACAAACCUUUGUUCCAGAGCAGAAAACACUCAAAAUCCACUUUCUUAAUAAUAAUAAUAAUCAGUUAAUCAAUUGGGGCGUCAUGGCUGCCCCUUUCUCUCUGGAAUUUUGUGGAAACAGCAGAGUUUGUUGUCAAGCUUUUAUUUGUCAUAUUUAAAAAAUAUUUAUCAGUUUGGCUUCAUUAAUGAUUACACUUAAUUUCUUCAUUGUUGUUUUUUUAUUUUUUUCACAAAUUUCUACAGGUUUUUAGAAAUUUUAGAAACUUGUAAACAUUAUUUUAUGAGGUCUUAAUACACGACACUGGAAGUGAGAGAGGAUGUACUGUGAUUGUACAUAUUUAGAGAAAGUUGUUGGAUUUUAGUUCAGAGACUCGGUGGCGUUUUAUGAGCCGUGGAAACAAUGAAAUCAAACCUGUUUGUGCUUGAAGGACUCUCACUCAUAUUUAUCCUCAUUCAGGGGAAGAUUUGCCAAAUGUUUUUUUUUCUGUACUGAAUUAAUUUAUUUUUGUUUAUAUUUCCAGUCUGCGUUUACUGUGCUGAUCCUAUCCGUUUCAAAGAGCAGCUUGCCAUUGUGACUGUUUACUGCUGUUUUUAAACCCAAAUCUCCUUUUGUCACAAAAAGUUUAGUUUAACUUCAUCAUCUGAAUGUUACUGAUAGACUUCAUGAAUUUUAGCUGCGCUAUUUGCAGAAAGUCAUUGUUACUUCAUUGAUUUUUUUUAUUUUUAUGUUUUAUUUUAAACCUGAAUAGGGAUUUCUGAAAACUUUCCAGUAUUCCUUCAUUUUACCCAGCCUUCCUGAUUGAUGAGUGAUUCUCUGAAUGCUGCCAUUGGGAGAUAUCCUUUUUAGCAAAAUGCACGUUAGUAGGAGAAGCUUUAAAUUCAAGUCUAUUACUGAGUAAAUUAUUACUUUAAUAAAGCUCUUUACUGUAUAUUUUCAGUUACCUUUGCUUGGUUAACUUAUUGGUGCAUUUUUGAUUACAAAUCCAAAGCAUUUUCAGCAGAAGAGAAAAAAAUAUGUAUUUAUUUUGACUCCAUAGACCCAGUGUUUUUCAUCUGUUUUGAUUUAGUUAAAUAAAACAACUUGCUACA